AUGAUAAAGAAGUCUGAACUGCGGAACCGAACCGAUUAUCAUGGUUCCAGUUCAGCCGAUGAUAAUAAUUCUCUAAGUCCUGACCAAAAUGGCCUGCCGGUCCAUUUUCUUGUGAAUCAAAACCAAUCUCAGUCGUGCGGAACCAAGAACGACGCUCCAUCUUCUGUCGCUUUUGAUUCUGACAACCUGGUCAGUAUCAACGAAACUCCAGAGCCCGGUGAGUCUGUUGACGGACUUGUCGAUGCAGUAGAUGAUAUAGUCUCGGCAGCCGCCUCGCUGCUACAGCGGAGUCCUUGUCUCCCCGAGGACUCAUCAGUUAUGCCAUCACCUCCAGCUCCACUUUCUUUGCAGUCUCUGGUGAGCCUGAAUUCUCACUCUCGCUCGUCACCUUUGAUGCUUGAAUCCUCUUGUACAUCACUUUUGGAGUCUGGGGCAGUAGUGCGUCCAAUUACCCUGCCUCAGUCUGACUUAAGUCCGGUUUCUGCUUUGGAGCCAGUGGACGAUGAAAUCGGAUUGGGACUCUCAGAAACCGAGACAGUAUCAGCUGGACUAGCUGAAGUAGAAGUCUGUUGUGUAUCAGAAUCUGCUCGGCGCCUUUUCGAUGCCGGUCUUGAAAUGCUAUGCUCCCAGCUUCCACCUCGGAGUGCUAAGCCAUCCCUCGUUUGGCCCUCGAUCGCUCCGAUAUUAGACGUUGGUGAAGGCCAAAAAGUGGCCUCUCUCUCUGCCACUCCCAGUCUACCUUGUUCUUUGCCGUCUCCAUCAUCUCCACUACCAAUUUCCUUGUCAUGUCUCUCUCCUUCUACAUCGCCUUCUCUCUCUCUCUCCCUUUCCCAGUCGCAUUCUCAUUCAACCUAUUCUACAUCGCCCACAUUUCUUACCGGGCUUUCCGGCUCUAUUCUGCCCUCAGUCGGCCUGAAUAACAUCAAUCCGUUUUCACACUCUUUUCUUACCCAUUACUCUCCUCGGUCUCGGUCUAGGUCCCAAUCUCGAUCGCGAUCCAGAUCUGGGUCCCGAUCUCGAUCUCGGUCUCGUUCCCAGUCUCGGUCUCGAUCUCGAUCUUUGUCUCGAUCGCGAUCGCCUCCUGACGCUUUUGCCUCAAGGCUGACUGAUCCCGCUUUUGCGGAUUCUACAGAGCUAACUGGUUUCCGUGGUCUCAUACACGAAACACCAGCAGUAACUGGAAUUAUGAUGGCAGCAGAUUUGGACGUUUUUUUGGCACAUUGA